AUGCGGCCCAGACCACCGGCGACGCCACCCGGCCGCCCUCGUGUCACCUCGUCAGACGGGGCCUCGUGGGCUUGUGUCGGCGGGGCUCGUGAUCUAAUGCAUGGCCGGCUUUAUUGUGCGUCGAGGUUGGUUCGCCAACUAGGUCCCCACGAUGUCUGGCCCCAGUUGGACUUCGAGAGUAUGGUAGGGACUCUCAAGUAA